UGAACGAAUUAUUUAGGCCUACAAUAUAAAAUAAAACAAAAUUGGUUUUCAGUUUAAUUUUGCAUGGGAAUAUCAGUCGUCGACUGAAUUCGCCUCGUAAGGUCCUUAGCCUCUAGUGUCAUUGGUGAAUGACCGAAGAUGUCUCAUAGCAGGUUGUUUGCCAGGCUGCUUUUGCAGCAGAAUGGAGUCCGACACUGUUAUACUGGAUCAAGAAAGAACCUCUACAUCAACAAGAACACAAAAGUCAUCUGCCAGGGUUUCACAGGAAAGCAGGGAACAUUUCACAGCCAGCAAUCCAUUGACUAUGGCUCCCAGUUAGUUGGAGGUGUUUCUCCUGGUAAGGGUGGCAAGACACACCUUGGCCUGCCAGUCUUCAAUUCAGUGAAGGAGGCAAAGGAAGGCACGGGGGCAGAUGCCUCUGUGAUUUAUGUACCUCCGCCAUAUGCAGCCGCUGCCAUCAUCGAAGCCAUUGAUGCAGAGAUACCUCUGGUGGUUUGUAUCACCGAGGGCAUCCCCCAGCAGGACAUGGUGAGGGUCAAGCAUAAACUCCUGCGCCAGGGUGUCACCCGUCUCAUAGGCCCCAACUGUCCUGGAGUCAUCAACCCUGGGGAAUGCAAGAUUGGCAUCAUGCCGGGGCACAUUCACAAAAAAGGAAGAAUUGGCAUUGUGUCAAGAUCUGGCACUUUGACGUAUGAAGCUGUGCACCAAACCACACAAGUAGGCCUGGGCCAGUCGCUGUGCGUAGGCAUUGGCGGUGACCCAUUCAAUGGCACCAACUUCAUAGACUGUCUGGAGGUGUUCCUGCAGGAUCCGAAGACGGAGGGCAUCAUCCUUAUUGGAGAGAUCGGGGGGAAUGCCGAGGAGAAUGCAGCCGAGUACCUGAAAGAGCACAACUCUGGCGCUAAGGCCAAGCCGGUGGUUUCCUUCAUCGCCGGUCUCACCGCCCCUCCCGGUCGCAGGAUGGGCCACGCCGGCGCUAUCAUUGCCGGCGGAAAGGGCGGCGCCAAAGAGAAGAUUGCAGCCCUCCAGUCCGCUGGAGUUGUGGUCAGCAUGUCCCCUGCGCAGCUGGGCAGCACUAUGUUCAAGGAGUUCGAGAAGAGGAAGAUGUUGUAAAAAUGUGCUGGAAGAAGACAGACCUUUUACCCUCCGCUUACAACCGGUGGUGAUCGUGGCAGCGGACUGGCCCCGCAGUAUCUCCCAACCCUGAUAAUUUCAUCAUCAAGAUACGCACAUACAGUGUUUAUAUUGUAAUUUCUGCCAUGAACUUGUACCUUGCACAUAAUGAGAAAAUAAAACAUUAGUAUCUUAAUGGUAUCGUAAAGCCCUUGUACACAGUGUAAAGGCUUUGUAGGUUUGUCUUUUCUUCCUCCACAAAGCAUCACCAGCUGGCAGAGGGCUGCCAUAGUGAUCUGUUUCAUUCUAUUAUACUGUAAGAUGUAUUUCAUCACCCAUUUCUCUGGCUGUCCACCCGAAUAAGAAAUAUUUCUUCUGCCACGUCCAGCUGUGUUGUCUGUACUUUCAAAUGGCAAACAGAGAGAGCCCGCCUGGCUCCACAUUUGUAGUGUGAAGUGAACAUCUCACACAGAUAAGAAUGCAAAAAUGGUGUCAGCUGUGUCGGGAACAUGCUGUAUUUGCAGAAUCCAUUAGUAAAGCACUUAAGAUGAGG